ACAACAACAUUUGAUCAGAUAAGCUGAAUAUUUUAGAGCAGGGCUUUCAAAUUAAUUUUAUUUCAGGGGUCAAAUACGGCCUAAUUAGAUGUGAAGUGGGCCGGACCAGUAAAAUCAUGACACAAUUUAUAUAUUUAAUUUAUUUUCUUCUUUCUUUUUCUUAAGUGCACCUGUAUCUGAAGCAGCAUUUUAAAGGAAUUAGCCAUGCUUUGUUUUUGCUCUUGAAACUUCCUCUAUUCUGACUAACACAGGGCGCCCGAAGCGGAUGAUUUAGAAUAGCAUUUUAUUGUGAGUGCAUGGCUUGCAUUAAUUUUUUUAACCUUCAAAAUUCAUCAAGCGGGCCAGUUGAACCCCCACGUUUGACACUUCUGUUUUAGAGACACUGACUACGGUAGUAACUCGGUUCAAAGCCUACGUUUCUAUAACGCUCAUUUACGCCGUAAAGCAAAACCGUCUACGUUACUAUAACAACGACGACACAACAGUUGUCCGGUCAGUUACCGGGCAACGGACAAAAAAACAUUCGGAAAGAAGCGUCGAUCCUUUUGAUCGUGAAAAAACUUAAGUACUUUUUGCAUCAAAUCAUUAGGUUUUCUGUAAAUUAAAUUUCUAAGGAAAAACAUGGCGACCUCCUCACUUCCGUUCUUAGAUCACGGAGACCCGCGACUAAAACUGAAAGUGGAGAACCGAAUCAGAAAUGUUUUUGUGACACAGUCAGCAGACUUAAGACCUGGACAGGAGAAGGACGUCGUCCAGAUACCGGUGGUUACAGACGCGCCUGGUAGAGUUCUUGAGGCAGGAGUGAACACUUUGCAAAAGACUUUAGUUCUGAAGAAACAGGCUGAGUUGGAUGAGGUGGACCAGCGACUGGCAGUCAGACGGCAGGAGUUUAAGAACAGUGUGGUGGAUUUAUCACAGAGAAAAUCCGACCUGGAGAUGAAGUACCAGUUGACCAAAGAAAGGGCGAUAAAAUUUGAAAAGUUUGUGACUGAAAAUGAAAUGAAACGGCAGAGGGCAAUGAAGAAGUAUGGAGAAGCACGGGAGCAGAACGUGAUGAGGCAGAGAGAGAUUGAGGAGCUGACAGAGCAGCUGAAAAAGCUUCGGGCUAGACAUGAAGUUUUAAAGGAGAGAAUGACAAAGUACCAAAUCUAUGAAGACUACUUGAUGAAAACCCUGAACUACUUUCCUCGCAAUCACUUUGAUAAUGGCUCUGACUCCUUGGUCAUGCCAAUCAUUCAGCGUCAUGAGACCCUGUCCGUCACCAACCAGGAGCUGCUGCAACGUCUGGGGCGUCUGGAAGAAGUAGUGGAGGAGGGUCAGCAGAAAUUGCACUCCAUGAAGCAAGAACAUGGCACCAGGAAGCUGAAGGUGAACAAAGAAAUCACAGAACUGCAGGCUGAGUUAGACAUGCUGAAGGAGAAGAACAAACAAGCUGAGGUGAACCUGCUGAUGAUGCACAGCCUGUCCAGAGAGAAGGUUGAGGAAGUAGGAAGCCUUCUUAUGGCCAUCAACAACCUUGCAGAGCAGUGUUAUUUACCUGAUUAUGGAGCCCUGGAGGACAUGAGUGUUCUGACAAUGUUGGACAUGGUGAAGGAAUACAUCCUGGAUAAGGCAGACACAGAGAGGAGAGCAAGACGACUGAUGGAGUCUGGAUCGGCAAUGACAAGCAGGACCGCUUUUACAGAUAAAAGAGGGAGAGCCUCGACGAAAAGCUCAGGCAGCAAGACACAAAUGAAUAGUUCGAGCAGAGUCAGCAAAAAGAGCGAGACGAUGGCCUGAUAAAAUUGAUUCGAUUUUUUUUAUAUAUGAUGGAUUUUUUAUAGUACUGGCAAGAAUAGGUUCAGUUGAGCUUGUGCUUUAAACUUUUUCUGUGUUAAGUACACUGAAAAAGCAAAUAAAAUAAAAAGUCAUAUAUGUUUUCUGGGUUUUUUUUCUUUUGAUGUUGUGAGACAAUAUUACUUCUGUCACAGCUUCUCAGUGAGGACAAUGAACAGGGCUGCUUGAAUAAUGUUAAAAAGGUCUAAACUAUUAAGUGCUAUUUUGUUUUACAUGUUUUAGUAUUUUCCCCUCACCUCAGCCUGCAUCUGUUAAAAGCUUUGACAAGUGUAGGUAAGGGUAGCUUCCAACCUGAUAUAAUUUAUAUUAUAUAAUGAAUCAAAUUGAUUAUAGGAAAAUAGGUGCACUUAAGAUAUUGAUUAAAAAUGUUAAGCAUUCAUGUAAUUAUAUAUUAGUCUAGUAUCAUAAGGCCAGUAGCCCAUAUAUUUAAAAACUGUUAAAACAUGACCAUCAGCGCAAAGACCUCCUGUGCAUGUUCUUUUUACAACCAGUCCUGAUACCAGACACCAGUUUAAGUACCUUUAAAGUCUUGCAUCUGUCGUUUUGGAACAUUUGUAUUCCUGCCCUCAAUUAAACGUUCUGGUUAAAAAACACACAGCCUAUUUAAACAUCACAGUUUAUUAUUGUACCAAAGAUUGUAUGUGAUUGUUAUCAUUCUCUGGUCAUAACGUAAAAGUAUAGCAUGAAGUAAAUGCUCAAGAUAGUAUGUCAUUAAAAUGGAAAACAAGUUAAAAUGCUAGUCUUGU